AUGCCUAGGUUACCUACCGACGUGAUAAUUUCAGACAUACUAACAAGGGUCCCGGCCAAGACUGCCGCACGAUCUAAAAGUGUCUGCAAGGAAUGGCGUGCACUACUAUCCACGCGCGACUUUGAAAAAGCUCAUUGUUCACGCACAUUGACCCCCAGUAAUCAAAGAACCCUGUUGAUCCGUGACCUCAGUUGCCAUAUUCAGCCGAUGGAAUUUGAGGCUGCUGAUUCCGGCCUGCAGACCAUAGUUCCGCUCCCGUUUCAAGCUGAAAUAAAGGAUGUCAUGAUACUCUCACAUCUGGACGGCCUCCUAUGUGUCUACUUGCAGCAUACAGAUAAAUUGGUCCUCUGGAAUCCCACAACUGGCGCACACACACUUUUGUCCACCCCAGCCGGCCACGGAGUGUAUACAGACCUAACGGAUACGGUUGGAUUAUACAAUGGCGCAACUAACGACUACAGAGUACUGCAUUUAUCUCGAAUAUCAGAUCCGGUAUCGGCGCAUGUCUACUCCAGACAGCUGGGAAGCUGGAGGAAAAUAGCCUUCGGAAGUAAUCCCGAAUACCAGAAGCCCACAUUCUAUUGGUCACCCGGUACCGUUUGCGGUGGCACUUUGUACUUUACCGUCUGCGAAUGCUAUGUCGUGGGUAAAAAUUUGGUUGUCGGGUUUGAUACCAACACUGAACAGGUUACAGAGAUCAGCUUUCCCCCAGUACCAUCCUCCGGGAUUUUCCAAGGCAUCUUAGUUGAUGUCCGACAGUCUCUUCACAUGGUUCUAUGGACUGGCCAUCAAGAUAUGUCACUAACACUAUGGGCCCUACAAGGAGAUACCUGGGCCAAACACUUCUCAACUCCUACAAUCCCCCCCAUACCCCUAUCGCUGUGGCUAACCAUAACCCACUACUUGACCGACGGGACUUUUGUGGUGAUGAGUAACUCUCGAAAACUUUAUGAAAUACGAGUUGGCAACAACCCCUUACAAUGUUAUUACGCAUCCAGCUGUUUCCGAGGUUACAUAGGCGCGGUUUUCCAACAGACCUUAGUCUCGCCAAUUGCUUGA